GCUGGGCAGAGCUAGUUAUUCUUAGGUUCAUUUUCAGAGCAGAAUUCCUAUUUAAAUUCAGUUAAGAUAACAGAUCCAUUUUGUUUGAGCAUGAGGAAAGGUAAAAAACCCACUCUCUUUCCUAAUAUCAAUAAAAGCUCAGUUGAAAUGUUGUUCAAAAGCCUAAUUUAAAAGUGAAUGCAAGUUCAAGGAUCCAAAGCUUUGUGGUAUGGUCAGAUUGUGCAAAGCAGCACAGAAUAGCAGAGCUCAUGUUAAACAAAAAGAUGGAAAGCCUAGUGGCCAGCAGGAGAGUUUUGGAAGGGAUAAAUUUACCCCACCUUCUAAAAUGCAUCAUUAUGGUUUAACUAUCAUAAUGACCUCCAGUGGCAAGACUCAACUAAGCAGUCUGCAAUACUAAAAAAACCCAGUAAAAGAAGAUUCUCCAUAAUGUUGUAUCAUACCAAAGCCCAGGACAGCACUGCAGACAGCUUUGGCUUCCUCAGCUGCUUAAUGCCUCAGUUUCUCACACAGCCCAUGACACAGAAUUCAAUCAGCAAGCAGUUUUUCCACAACUUUGAUGGGGAAGGAUACUAUUUAUUUUACGUGGCUGACUCUUGCUUUGACAGGCAAAGUGGCCAGGAAGGCAAGGACACACACCCAGACAUUUCCCCCCUGUUUGGUAGCAAUCGAUACAAUCACUUACACCACCAAGAAAACACGACCAGCUCAAAGCAAUUUUCUCAAGGUGAGAGGCCAAAGAAACAACAAAAUUGCCAGCAUCAGAAGCCUCAAUUCCCAAUGUAAGGAUUCCCAAGGUUGUACAGAAAGUAAUGAAUAUCAAUUCUGCUGCAAUAUUAUUUACCUCCUAGGAGAAAACACUCUCCAGCACUCAGGCUCAAAUGACCAUAACUUCACAGGGAAGAAAAAUGCAAGGCAGAAAGCAAAUCAGGGAAAGAGGUCUGUUCAGCAGCAAUAUCUGUGUCACAUACCUCGUUUCUCUUUAGCACCCUGCUGUGGGAAGCUUGGCAGAAAUGAAGAUGGUCUCGGUGCUGCUGCUGCUGAGCAGCCUCCUGGGUACCCCCGCCGUGCCUUCCCAGCGCCCUUCUUGUUACAAGAGGGUCCUCAAGGACCACAGCUGUCACACCAUCCCUGAAAGCAAGGAGAACCUCCGACACGUCGACGAUGGUCUGCAGGAUCACUUCUGGGAAGGGAAAGGCUGUGAGGUGAUCUGUUACUGCAACUUGAAUGAAUUGCUCUGCUGCCCAAAGGAUAUUUUCUUUGGACCAAAGAUAUCUUUUGUGAUCCCCUGCAACAGUCAAUGAUUCAAGUCUGCAAGUGAAGAUAACAGACAUCAUUCUACGAUCAUUUAAUAAAGUUUUCAAGGGAAAAAAUGGAACUACCAACAAAAAAAAAAUCCUUUCUAACCACAAGUCACUGCCUCACUUUACACUGUAGAAAGAAUUUCCUUUCUAUACCUUUAUGGGAUAUCAAAUAUUCAAGAAGUUUUCUUUUCAAAUCCGAUAGCUGAGACAAUUUCCAUAAAACCAUUUCCAUGGUUUAACAGACUGUACAAGCUCUUAAUGUAUCCUAAUAGGCAUUCCCCAGGAAAAAGCAUAACUCUUCUUACUUAGCACAAUAUCCUUAGCUAGUAUGGACCAAGAAACUUCAAGCUUAAGCCUUCAUGUUGUUAGGAAAAUGACUCUCAGAGCAACUUAUGGCAGUGAAGCUUCCUAUUCCAUUACUGCCAUCACACUUUUAAUGCUGUUUUGACCUGAAGCCACUCGGUCCCUGGCACUUUGGAAGAGAGGUUCACAUGUUCUCUUUAGGCAUCUUAAAAUACAUGCACAUACAAAACACAUCUAUUUCCAUAUUUGAAAGUAUUUCACUGGAAUAAAAAAAAAUAGUAAAAGUUGACAUUAACAGUACUAAACCAUACUUGGGUCUUAUGCUUAACUGAUCACCUGCCUUGACUAUGCAGUCUCUAAACCUUUAAACUGCUUAAUCUUCGCAUUGAACAUGUAAAAAUAUUAGAACAACAGAUUUUUUAAUCAAGCUGUUUGAAAUACAGUACCACAAAAUUAAGUUAAAAUGCUGGCUUUUUUAGGCUAGCCCUGUAAGGCAAUAGCUACAGAAAACACAGAGAUAAUCAUCUUAAUUUUUAAGAGGUAUUGUGAGAGAUAGAUACGUAUAUGAGAUUGUAGAUACAAAGAGACAUAAAUUUUUGACCGUUUUUGUUAUAUGGCAAUCUGUAUUGGCAGGUGCUGAGAGGUGACCACAUAAUUUUAAGCAGAGUAACCUGCACAAGCCAGGCUUACAGGCAGCAAGCCUGACUUGCUGCCUUACACAUAUGAACUCUUUAGCUAUCAAGUCAGUCACAUGGAAAGUGUGCAGUACUGAAGGAACUGUGCAGUCCUGUCUACUCAAAAAAUUCAGUGUUCAUCUCAAUCUUACACACUGAACCAAACUGCUACCACCAGUUUACCACACUUACUUCAUGUGUCAGUAUAAAGUAUCGUGACUGCUUUUCUUCUUGUUAGUAAACAAGGGUUGGAUAUUGGGUGAGGGGGUGAUGAUACACAGCCAAUAAUAAAUGUUUCAAGUAAA